UUUUUUUUAAUUAAAUAAUUUAAAUAUUUAUUUAAAAUGAAGAAUCCAGUAUUAAAAAUGUUUUUUAAACACGAUAACGCUAGUAAUAGAAGCGAGUGCAAUUUAUGUAAAAAAUUUAUUACGGGUAAGCAUUCAUCUAACUUAGAGAAACAUGUAUUUGCGCAUCACAAAUUGCAAUAUGCAGAUCUAAUUAAAGCCAAAAAUAAACUAAAACAAACAAUAGAAAACUUAGAUGCAGAAACAUCACUAACAAAUAAAGUAUUUGAUGUCCUCAAUAAAUAUGGAUUAAAUAAAAACCAAAUAUAUUCUAUAACAAUUGACAAUGCUCGAAAUAUGAUUAAAUUGACUGAUUUAAUAGCUGAGCACGAGGAAAACAUUGACAAUGAAAACAUUGAAGAUCUAAUUGUAGAAAAUGAACCCAGUAAUAUAUCUAAAUAA